ACCCGCCUAAUAUAAAAGCAAUAUAAGCAUUAAGUAUAAUUUCGUUAAACCAACCUUUUAUAUGCUCUUUGGUUAAAUUUUUAGUAAUUACAAUGCGAAAUAUUGAAAUUAAAGCGAAAGUACAAAACGUAGAAGAGAUUUGUAAAAAAGCCGAAGAAUUAAGCGGAGGUCCUUGUGUUGUUAUAAAACAAGAUGAUGUUUUUUACAAAGUUAACGACGGUCGUCUCAAAUUAAGGAGAUUUCCUGACUCUUCCGCAGUUCUGGUUAGAUACAGUAGAGAUGAUGAAGGAGGUCCAAAACUAAGUAACUACGAUCUAUUGGAGUUUUCAGCGGAUGAGAAUAAAAAAGCUGAAGAAUUGGAUAACAUUUUGCAGAAAUGUCUCGGGAUACGCGGUCGUGUUAUUAAAGAACGUAAACUAUAUUUAGUUGGACAAACAAGAAUACAUAUAGAUAAUGUUCAAGAUCUGGGAAAUUUUAUGGAAUUGGAAGUAGUUUUAGAAGCAGAACAGACCAUAGAGGAAGGAGAGGCAAUUGCUAAAGACUUGCAGAAUAAACUAGGUGUUAAAAAUGAAGAUUUAAUUAAAGGUGCAUACAUGGAUUUACUGGAAAAACUAUAAUAUUGUUAAAAUUA